UUUAUUUCGUUCCUGGUGGUCACGUCGUUGUUAGUAGCAAGUGUGACAAGUGCAGAUAUGUAUCACCUGAAUCAGUCUAUCAAGAAUAUAUUCCUAAGGUAGGAUAUGAACAGACUGUCAGUCAACUGCACAAACAGUCAAUCAGCGUUCAAAUACUCAGUCGGUUAGUCGGUCAGAGAAAACUCUCCUUCGCAGCCGUUUUUAGUGUCGUCAUGCAACGCUCCUCCCCAGGGAGGAGGGGGGAGUUGGAAAGAGCGUUGCGUAGCCUGUGAGAAGGCUCACAUGGGGGAUAGCGGCUCCGCCUCCAAAAAUGUUCCCCGAACUCGCGCAAGUGAGCCGGCUCGCAGGCUAAGCGUUGCGUGACAAUGAUAAAAAAAAGUGGAUAGGAGAGUGACGGGUAAAAUGUAUACAAACAUAGGGAAAUGUACUUACAAAGCAAACACAAAGGAAAAGAAAUAGGUUCUUUAGUAGUGAGGAUUUCAAGAGGACUUUUUUCAGACUCUUUCAAAGACUGAAGCUUAAUCAUUCACCCUUCACUAAGAUAGUUGUUCGUCCAUCCAGUCUAUAUUGAGAAGAAUAGUGAUGACGUCACAAAAACUAAAUUUGUGAAAUUAUGGGAUAGAUUGACAUGUCCAAAAAGAACAGGAUGAAAAAUGUCCACUGGGUAAAAGUGAUCCUGUUGGUGCCACUUCUUGAAAAGAUAUAAGCUGCGUUAACCUCCGAUUAGUGUAUUAUAAAUAUUCAGUUUUAUUAUUUUUCUGUUGGUAUUUUUAUUCAACUUAAGGGAGCUAAAUCUUUUGCAUUUUGUCACCUAAAAAAGUUUAAAGAUUUCUCGCUCUCAAGUUGAUUUCAUUGGCACGCACUUUAAACAAUGUAAAUAGAUGAAACGAUCGAUAACACAUUUUUUUUACCGUGAUAUAAAUGAGUUGAAAAUUUGCGCGAGUUCGAUGUUUGUCUCACCCAUGACUAACGUUACUUUAUGGUUGAAAAUUAUGCCGCUUUAUAACUCCUAUACGAAUUUUUGUGCCAGCUAAACAAUAUCCAAACACUAUUCACAGUCCUUCGAUAUUAAAAAGACUGAACAAAACGCACUGUAAACGCACUACAGUAAAAACCCGCGUAUAAGAACCUUGAUUUUAAGAACCUGUUAGGUUAAGAUUGUCUAUUUUGACCCCUGUUACGUAAGAACCUGUUUUAGCGUACAAUUUGGAAACAGGUCUUAUUUUGAGAAAUUCAGUACCAUGUUUGGCCCAGCAGCAACACAGCACCAUGUUUUAAUGUUGUUUUUGUUCCGUUUAACUUGCAUAGCUUUGUAUUAUCAUCAUAAAUGGCUUUUACAUGCUUGGAUUAAAGGGAUAUUUGCAACAUAUUAUGCAUGCAAUACCAAAAAAAAAGAAAUUAAAAAAUUGGCCACAACCACCAAUGUGUUGCAUUAAAUAGAAGAAAAUAUUGAAUUGAAAAGCCAGUCUUCUUACAUGGCGAAGUUGUCACAUCCCUUUCUCAAAAAGAGUGGACGUCCAUUUCUCAACAUUACGAUUCAUCUGACAUUCCUCGGCAACUGAGUUGUUCGCUUCAGUACAAUAGCUUACAAUCAGGUCUUCAGCCAUAGUGUCGUCAAUUAUAUAAUAUAGUAUAAUACUUUGCUCAUAAAUUGUGCUCAUUAAUGGAGAGGAGAAGUCGUUACGUCACGUUGCCAUGGUAGCAAAAUUUUUGGAUGACAACAAACCAAAAUGUCACUUAAAAAGUGGAUUCGCACUGUUUCAAACUUAAUUUCAUUUAAUUUGUCAAAUGUUAACGAAAUUUUCUGGGUUUAAUUCGAAAGGACCGUAUCUAAGUUUAGAAAAAGAAAAAGAAACUUUUUGUGUUGUGCUCACCUACUCCAUAAAGAGGGCGUAUGAAAUCAGGAAGUUUCAUGUCGCAGUCGUGCAACAACUGCUAAGAAAGGUACAAAAAAGAGUGAUGCACGUGCAAAGUUGUUUUUUACCAAUGUAAACCUAUCGCUUUUUCGCUGUUCGCCGUCGCCGUUCAAAAACUCCCUUUUGUUUUGAUCUAAAAAUUUUGCUACCAUGGUAACGUGACGUCACACUUCUCCUCUCUGGUGAUUAUAUACUUCAUCACUAAUUCUCUCUUUGAGUUCACGGAAGGGCCCGUUCCAAAACUGACGCUCACACUCAUCGUUUAGUGUGGACCUUAACCGCGAACGGCGUGUGGGUUUGUAUGCAACGUAAGCAUAUCCCUGAUUCGGUUUUCCAGUGCCAACAUAUCAUUAAAUGACUUAAAUACGAACCGUGACAAAACUUACAAAGUGACUCCUUUCGAUGGUCAGUGAUAUGAUCGAAGCGCUUCGAACAACGUGAUUCGCAAAACCUUCAGGGUUUCCGGGGGGGGCAGGGGCGUGGUAGAAAAAAUAUUCGUGCAAAUGAAAAUCGUAUGAAACCAGUCGUGAGAACAUCGUUUCUUGGCACCAGACCUCGUUUCUUCCCUUCCCCGGCUGUACAUUUUCCUGCGGAGACGGACCGAAAACCGAAAUAAGAACUGGGCUUGCCCCUCAGGCAGCCCAGUAAAUGCAACUAUUGCCUACUCUGUACCGGGAAGCGACCUUAGCUUUCCUUAGGUUUGCAGCAAAACACUACUGUAUUCGAUAGCUUCGGCGGUUCUUGUUAGCUAGAUGCAACUACAUGUUUCAUAUUUCAAACUCUGCAGAGGAAAAUUGAUUAAAAGAAAUCGCGAACCACACACUACGUCUGAAAAGCGACAUAAAAUCUAUAAAUUUGCGAAUUACCAAAAUAUAAUAGUGAGAAACAGUCCCGCCUUCGACUGCCAUGUUUUUGCUCUCUCUAAAAACCGAUCUUUGCGUUUGUGGUGUAUGACGUGAUGCGCAUGACAUGUACAGAAAUCCGCUGGCAAGAGCCCUGAUGAUCACUUUGCAAGUUGUGAGAACAUCGUUUGGAUUUCAUUUUGGAGAAUGUGUCAACUUCCCCAGUAAUUUCACAAAUUUGACUUUUUUUUACGCCACACUUCUCUAUGGAAACACCCUGUUGGUGUGUCAUUCGAUACAUCGAAAAGUCUAAGAGCUAAUCAUUGGUUUAUCUCUAAUUUUUAGAUCAGAAAAUCCAUGGACUGGACCUGCUAGCGUCAAAGAUGCCUGGAAAGAGAUUUCUGAUGUGCUUAACGAGAACAAAGCUGCCUCAACAAACACACCAUUCUCG